AUGGAAAUGGAACACCCUACAUUUCAUCCAAUCCACCAAAACUGCUCCCUCUUGAGGAGAAAGCAUGGGAGAGCGGGGUACCGUGGCGUGAGGAGGAGGCCAUGGGGCACUUACGCGGCUGAGAUAAGAGAUCCAAUUGCCAAGCGCAGGUUUUGGCUUGGCACCUUCGACACUCCCGAAGAAGCGGCUUGUGCUUAUGACCGAGCUGCUAUAUACAUGCAGGGUUGUAAGGCCAAAACCAACAUCCUCUGUCGAUCCUUCCAUCCACCGGCCCAUGAUUAUUUCAUCCCUUCCUCACGUCCUCAGCCCAAGUGCCGUCGUAACCACCAAAAGUAUAAACAUAUCUUCUCCGUCGGGAACCCAAGGCAGCGCCAGCAACCCAUCGAUCAGCACUCCGCCACCCCAGUCCCAUCUUUGACGCCAAACUGGAUCCCUACUGCCCCAUCUCCUCCCCCGGUUGGAGUUUCUUGGGCCGAGGAAACCGCUCUCUCUGGCGCCGAUACUGUGGACUUGGAAACCCCAUCUCUGACGCCAAAUUGGAUCCCUAUUAUUGCACCAUCUCCUCCCCCACUUGGAGUUGAUUGGGACUUGGAAACCGCUCUCUUUGGCGCCGAUACCGUGGACUUGGAAACCCCAUCUCUGACGCCAAAUUGGAUCCCUAUCAAUGCACCAUCUCCUCCCCCAGUUGGAGUUGAUUGGGCCGAGGAAACCUCUCUCUCAGUCUCAGCCGCCGAUACCGCGGACUUGGAAACCCCAUCUUUCACGCCAAAUUGGAUCCCUACUGCCCCAUCUCCUCCCCCGUUUGGAGUUGAUUGGGCCGAUGAUGAUACAUCUGGCUCCGGAUUACUCCAGGAAGUCAUUGAGGCGUUUCUUGGGAAAAGCGCCAAGGAUUAA